UCUAUCCUGUGAUUGAAAUAGUUGUGCGUAAGUCUCAGUCCAGUGAUACGCACAACUUGUGUGACAGUCGACGUUAAUAGAACGGUAAUUGUGUCUUCAAUAAAUGACAUCAAGCUGAAGAAUUGCAAGCUGAUGAGCAACCGAGCAAUGGAUAUCAGUAUUUGGUUUGUCUCGGCAGCUGUACUGCUGACAUCGCUGUUAGGAAACGCCGGAGGAACGGGGUUGGAAAUCGUUUAUCAAUGGAAGUACCUGGACUGGGUACCGCCGAGUGUUCAAUUGGUCGGGAAUAACUUCACACUUGGAAACGCGUUUACCCAAGAUGUUGACAUCGAUAGGAAGGGUCGUGUGUUUGUGACGAGUCCAAAGUGGCCGGAAGGUGUGCCAAUAGUAUUGUCAACUAUCACCGACGUGAACGGACCAGGAGGUCCUCUGCUGGAACCUUAUCCCGAUUGGACGUGGCACAGAUUCCUCGACUGUAACAGUAUUGUUACGGCUUACAGAAUUGCGAUCGACGAGUGCAAUCGACUGUGGGUGACAGACAUCGGUAGAAUCGGUGCUGAACGAGUAUGCCCAACCAAGAUUCUCGUGUUCGAUCUGUUUACUGAUCAGCUGAUACACAAGUACGUGAUCCCAGAUGAACACACGUUGAAUGGAGCUGCAGCUCUUGUGACGCCCAUUGUUGACAUCGGAGAUAGUCCCAUCGAUACUUUUUUGUAUAUGGCAGAUGUGGAUGCAAAUGGUAUUGUGGUUUACGAUUUCAAAAACGAUUAUUCCUGGAGAAUCAACAACACCCAAAACAAUGCAUUCGGCCCGGAUGAUGAGGCUAUGACGAUAACUAUCGUUGAUGAUACUUUCAAUUUGACCGAUGGCACCUUGGGUAUGUCACUGUCACCUAAGGGAUUUUGGAGCACCAGGUACCUUUACUUCAACUCAUUGGCAAGCUACUAUCAAAAGUUUACGGAUACGGAUUCAUUGAAGCGAGCACAAUACGAGGAACCUAUAAUUUUUCAAUCGAAGAAACGGCGCCAAAGCCAAGCCGGUCCUCAGGCGACCUCGAGGAGAGGAAUUUUAUUCUUCCAGCUUGUACAACACACGGCACUCGCCUGCUGGAACAUAGCGAAACCGUUCAAACCAGAGAACGUAGUUGUUAUAGCCCAGGACGAAGUGGCCUUGCAGUAUAUAAGUGGCAUCAAGGUUAUUGUCAACCACAUCGGCGAAGAGGAGGUCUGGUUCAACACGAAUAGACUUCAAAAAACGAUAAACAACAAUCGUAACCCUGCCGAGACGAAUUACAGAAUAAUAAAAGGAAAAGUUGACGACCUCGUCAGAGGUACGAAUUGCGAACCAUCCGAACCCCACACAAAUUACCUGGACACAUCAUCUUGGCGUCGCAUUUAAUUCACGUCCAGUUUAUGACUCAUGUUUGUUCACUCCAAUUCACAAUAUUACUAUUGCCCAUCGAAUCCAGUAGAAAGUCUUCUCGGACGCAAACUUGGAAGGAAGAAUAAGCAGCGUUAAAUAUUUACCUGAAUUAAAUGCCGAACUCCGCUAGUUAUAGACAUAAGCUCUGACUUCUGUAUAAAUAUGAAUGUCGUGCAUCGUUUGACCAACUAAGUCACUAUGUUCAAUUACAUAUUUGUGCUACGUACUAUUCUAUAUUUAU